AUGGUUGCAGUCCACGUCAACGAUCCAGUCCACGUCAACGAUCCAGUCCACGUCAACGAUCCAGUCCACGUCAACGAUCCAGUCCACGUCAACGAUCCAGUCCACGUCAACGAUCCAGUCCACGUCAACGAUCCAGUCCACGUCAACGAUCCAGUCCACGUCAACGAUCCAGUCCACGUCAACGAUCCAGUCCACGUCAACGAUCCAGUCCACGUCAACGAUCCAGUCCACGUCAACGAUCCAGUCCACGUCAACGAUCCAGUCCACGUCAACGAUCCAGUCCACGUCAACGAUCCAGUCCACGUCAACGAUCCAGUCCACGUCAACGAUCCAGUCCACGUCAACGAUCCAGUCCACGUCAACGAUCCAGUCCACGUCAACGAUCCAGUCCACGUCAACGAUCCAGUCCACGUCAACGAUCCAGUCCACGUCAACGAUCCAGUCCACGUCAACGAUCCAGUCCACGUCAACGAUCCAGUCCACGUCAACGAUCCAGUCCACGUCAACGAUCCAGUCCACGUCAACGAUCCAGUCCACGUCAACGAUCCAGUCCACGUCAACGAUCCAGUCCACGUCAACGAUCCAGUCCACGUCAACGAUCCAGUCCACGUCAACGAUCCAGUCCACGUCAACGAUCCAGUCCACGUCAACGAUCCAGUCCACGUCAACGAUCCAGUCCACGUCAACGAUCCAGUCCACGUCAACGAUCCAGUCCACGUCAACGAUCCAGUCCACGUCAACGAUCCAGUCCACGUCAACGAUCCAGUCCACGUCAACGAUCCAGUCCACGUCAACGAUCCAGUCCACGUCAACGAUCCAGUCCACGUCAACGAUCCAGUCCACGUCAACGAUCCAGUCCACGUCAACGAUCCAGUCCACGUCAACGAUCCAGUCCACGUCAACGAUCCAGUCCACGUCAACGAUCCAGUCCACGUCAACGAUCCAGUCCACGUCAACGAUCCAGUCCACGUCAACGAUCCAGUCCACGUCAACGAUCCAGUCCACGUCAACGAUCCAGUCCACGUCAACGAUCCAGUCCACGUCAACGAUCCAGUCCACGUCAACGAUCCAGUCCACGUCAACGAUCCAGUCCACGUCAACGAUCCAGUCCACGUCAACGAUCCAGUCCACGUCAACGAUCCAGUCCACGUCAACGAUCCAGUCCACGUCAACGAUCCAGUCCACGUCAACGAUCCAGUCCACGUCAACGAUCCAGUCCACGUCAACGAUCCAGUCCACGUCAACGAUCCAGUCCACGUCAACGAUCCAGUCCACGUCAACGAUCCAGUCCACGUCAACGAUCCAGUCCACGCCAACGGCCCAGCCUGCGCCACCAAACAAGAAUCAGUGCAACGACCUACGCAUGCAGACAUUUACAGAGUGCCGACAGAGAAAGCCAGAUGA